CGUGCCAGGCUGCCACUCACCUUGGACAAUUCAAGUUUCUUCUGGGAAUUGAACUUAAAUUCGGACUUUUCUCUUGUGUUUGAUAUGGUAAAAAUGUUCAGCAGGCAUCUCCUUCUCAAGUCUGGCUAAGGUGUGUGGAUCUGAAGUGGAACCUUCCUAAAGACAUUGUUAUAGAUGCUGGGCAUACCUCAGCAGCAAUUCCUGACUGCUCUAUGCAGACUCUCCUUGGAAGCACCUCGGAUCACCAUUACUAGAUCUGUUUCAUGCUUCUUUUAUCUCCAACAUGUCAGGCCCUCUCCAGUUUUUAAACCACUCAGAUCCAGGAAACCUUGCUACUGGCCGAAGCAAAGGGCUCCACGAGGCUAAGCCAUCAAAAGCCAAGCAUCUAUCAGCUCACACAUCUCAGAAAAAUAGCCCAGUGGCUUGUUUUGAUCCACCUGUUAAAACGGUUCCCACCAAGAACCCAAUGAUAUACAAGAAAAGAGCAGCUGACCCAGUCUGUCCUGACCUUACUGCUUUGUUGGUGAAAAACAAGACUCUUUUAGCUGAGGUAUAUGGAUUAUCUGAAAAUAAAGUGCCAAAGGAAAAUGUAUCCUCUGUAAAACUAAGAAACCUUCAAAACAAGCUCUUCAUAAAAGAAACUUCAUUGCAAGAGAUGAAGAGUGAGCUAGAAAGUUACAAACGAAGUAACGUGCAUCAGUCUUCCCAGAUAAUGUCCCUGAAAGAGGAUAUCAAGGACUUAGAGGAACUUAUCGCUUCUCUAACCAGAAUUAAAUCUUUGAAAAACACCAAUAUUCAGAAUCUUGAAAGAGGCAACUGGGAUCUAACUGAAAAAAUUAUAGAACUGGAAAACAAUCUAAGAGUCCAUCUGUUUGAAAGAGAAAAGGCAGAGCGGAAAGCAGGCCUUUUGGAGGAAAAGUUAGCAGGUGUUAAUGGAUUCACCCAUCAUAUGAAUAUGAAAGGACAAGAAGAUUCCUUGGAUAGUUUCAUGAUGAAGAGGACAGCAGGUCUGCAGCAGGAAAUCCAGAUGCUCACCAAACGGCUGGAGCAGCUAUGUGGCCACUCUGAAGAAGCCGUUGGAGAAUUCUCCCAAAUGGAAGAAAGGCAGAGGGAACAAAAAAGACCCUUGAAACGUAUGGAAGGAAACACUGCUAUUAAUGACUUUUUUCAAGAGAGAUUAGAAUUGAACAGGAAAAAAGAAAACUCUGGGAUUAAGAAAUCAUGGAUAGCAGAACAUGGCAAGAUAUCCAAACAGCUAGAGAAAGACAAUGAGCAACAAACACUGUUGAAUAUUCAGCAGAAUUUGCAGAAUGCUACAACUCAAAGAUUAGAGGAGAAAAUUCAGAAACUUCAGAAACAGCUGAGUGAUUUGAAAUUGUCAAAUAAAAGUAUGAAAACUCAACUGACAAGAGUAAACGUCCUCAAGGACAAAACAAUUGAAAAGCUCAGGCAAUCUUUAACAAAAGCUGAACUAACGCAAGGGAAGACAGUUAUGAAAACAGACAACUUGAAAACUACGUCAGACUCUGCCAAGACAGAGGAAAGAGGAGACAAAGAGAAAGUCCAUCAGAUGUUAGACGCCAUCAGCCCUGAGCGCUACACAGCAAAGAGCACGCUUGAUAAAGUAUCAAGACAACAAGAGCUGACUGAUUUUCGAGAAACUAUUAUGAAGAUGUUGGGAUUUAACAUGAGAACAGCAGACAAGGAAAUCAUCAAUCACCUAAGGCUUAUUAUACAAGAUUAUAAAGCAUCUGACAAAUCAAAGGUUGCUUCUCACUCUGAGACUGGACAGGAUAAUGAAUAAAAAAGUUCUGUCCUUUUCAUUACUCCCGACAAAGAACUCAGUAGAUACGGGCAUCUCCUGUAGCAUCUUGAAUGCAGCUAUGUUAUGAAUAAAUGCACUGGGAAUUUCUCACCUUUGA